UUUAUUAAAGUGCCUCUUUAGUACUAACAUAUAAUAUACAAUCUUGCUUGAGACUUAAUAUAUAUUCCACAAUUUUCUAUUCCUCAUCAUCUCUUCUUUAUUUUCCCAACACCAAUCUAGCUUAGCUACCCACACACCUUUAAUUGGAUUUCUCAUGGAGAAUCAAUCUCUCAAAUCAAAAUCCUUCGUGCAAAAAGAAUUGCCUACUUGUUAUAAACAAGUAGCCAUAGAAUCAUUAUCAAGAUUUUUGGGAGAUUUAAAUCAUGAUGAGAUUUCUAUAAAUUCUUCAACAAAUUUCCAUCAAAAUGGAUCAUUAUCAUUAUCAUCACCAUCAACAACAACUUGUUGUACUCAACAUCAUCAAGGGAAUAACAACAAUAUUAUUCCUUUAAAUAAUUUUCUUGAAUCUUUUCAUAAUAAUCAAACAUGUUCUUCUUCAUCACCAACUUUAGGGUUGUUUUUACCAGAGCCUUCUAUAUUAGAGAUUUCAAAAAAGGCAGCUAAAUCUCUAAGCAACAAGAGCCACCACAAGUCAUCGCCCGAGAUGCUAUUCCCUAUGUCUUCAUCACUAGGUCAUGAGGGACAAAUUCAUUAUCAAGAGGCUCCAACUCCAAAUUCAACAACAAGUUGGCUGAAAAUGAAUCAAACUUUAACGAAUUGUACUAGCACAAAAGGUUUUAGUGACUAUUGGCUUAGUACUACGAAAACUCAACCAAUGAAAUUCACAGGAUCGUCAAGAAAAUCGUCAUAUAUUCAAAAGUCUUCUUCGUCUUCUUCUGUGAGCGCUUCCCAAGGGAAGCUUUUUCGAGGAGUAAGACAAAGGCAUUGGGGAAAAUGGGUGGCAGAAAUAAGGCUGCCAAGAAAUAGAACAAGGGUUUGGUUAGGUACAUUCGAUACUGCUGAAGAAGCUGCUUUUGCUUAUGACACCGCGGCUUAUUUACUAAGAGGUGAUUAUGCACACUUGAAUUUCCCACAUAUGAAGAAUCAAUUAAAGGCUAAUUCCAUCAAUGGGAGCACAGCAUCACUCCUGGAGGCGAAAAUUCGCGCAAUUUCAGCACAAUCAAAGAAGACAGAUAAUAAUAAUAUUAUUGAUCGCGAUGACAUUAUUAUAUCUCCAAAAGGUCUAUCGAAUGAAAAUUCAACUAUCAAGAGCGCGAUAACUCAAAAUCAAGAAAGUGAGAAAUCAAUGGAGAUUAAUAAUAAGGUAGUGAAGAAUAUUAAUCAAGAAAAUAUUGAUGGUGUUCAAUUAAGUAGAAUGCCAUCUUUGGAUAUGGACAUGAUUUGGGAUGCACUUCUUAUUUCUGAUUCAUCAUGAUUUUUUUCUUUUAAUUUUUUUUUUUUGACCAACAUUAUUUCAAGAUCAAAAGCAUAAUACAUGUUACAUGCAUAUAGUUUUUUUUGUUUUUUUUUUUUUUCCCUUUUUGAAAGAUCAUGUAGUGACAUUGGCUGGAGUUAUAUUCUAUAUAAAUUUGUUGUUUAAGUGGCUGUUUAUUAUUUUUAUUAAUCAUGUAAUUGUUUUUAUUUUAAUUGCCAUGAGUUUGUUUUG